AUGGAGGGAGAGGAAGAUGAGCCUCCUCAGGAGGCUGCCACUGAGUCAGUUGCUACAUCGGGGACGGCAGAGUCAAAUGCCAGAGCAGUGUCCAGAGAACCCCAGAAUCUGUCUGACAUGGAUGCCUUCAACCUGCUGCUGGAGGUGAAGCUGAAACGGCGGCGCGAGCGGCCUAGCCUGCCUCGCACUGUGACAGAGCUGGUGGCCGAGGACGGCAGUCGCGUGUACGUGGUGGGCACGGCCCACUUCAGCGAUGACAGCAAGAGGGAUGUUGUCAAGACCAUUCGGGCGGUGCAGCCGGAUGUGGUGGUGGUAGAGCUGUGUCAGUACCGGGUGUCCAUGCUCAAGAUGGAUGAGUGCACGCUGCUGCGAGAGGCCAAGGAGGUCAGCCUGGAGAAGCUCCAGCAAGCCGUCCGGCAGAACGGGGUCAUGUCUGGACUCAUGCAGAUGCUUCUGCUGAAGGUGUCCGCCCACAUUACGGAGCAGCUGGGCAUGGCUCCCGGCGGAGAGUUCCGAGAGGCCUUCAAGGAGGCCAGCAAGGUGCCUUUCUGCAAGUUCCACCUGGGUGACCGGCCCAUCCCUGUCACCUUCAAGCGGGCCAUUGCAGCACUGUCCUUCUGGCAGAAGGUCAAGCUGGCCUGGGGCCUCUGCUUCCUGUCAGACCCCAUCAGCAAGGACGACGUGGAGAAGUGCAAGCAGAAGGACUUGCUGGAGCAGAUGAUGGCUGAGAUGAUCGGGGAGUUCCCCGACCUGCACCGGACCAUUGUCUCUGAGCGAGAUAUCUACCUGACAUACAUGCUGCGCCAGGCUGCCCGGCGCCUGGAGCUGCCCCGGGCCUCGGAGGCUGAGCCCAGGAAGUGCGUCCCAUCAGUGGUCGUGGGUGUAGUGGGCAUGGGCCAUGUGCCUGGCAUCGAGAAGAACUGGAGCACGGAGCUUAAUAUCCAAGAGAUCAUGACCGUGCCGCCACCCUCCUUCUCCAGCCGAGUGGCCCGGGUGGUGGUCAAAGCGACUUUCUUCGGCCUGGUGGGCUACAGCCUCUACUGGCUGGGCCGCCGCACAGCAAGCCUGGCCCUCACACUGCCUGGGGCUCAGAACUGUCUUCAGAGAGUGUCCACCAUGUUAUCCAUGAAGUAG